AUGAUCACGCCUCCCGCUGUAUCCUUCAAACGGCCAGAAGCCGGCCCCAGCAAGACCCUCACCCCCCAGCGAAAGCAUAGGAAGCUGUUGAAAGAUGGCAGUGGCACCGAAGUCUGGCCAGAGCGCAUAGAGAAGGUGUUUGUCCAAGGUCUCAGAGAGUACUGGCACUCUCCGUUUGCAACCUACUCGCGUGGUCGCAGUCGAUAUCGCAACCAGUUCCUCGUAGAGCAUCUCGCAAAGGCCGGCAUCACCAGAUCAAAGAAACAAGUCGCCAGCCAUAUUCAAGUCCUCAGAAACAUGUGGAAGGGCGAGCCGGAAUUUCACCUCGUCGCCGGUGGCGAGGAACUUGCUGAUUCCAGCCCCCUGCCUUCGACAAAGCUAGACGAACGCGCCAUCGACCAUCACGGCCUUUGGAGCUUCGAUUGGAACGAUUGUGAUUCAAGCAACACUUCCCCCAACUACUCUCCAGACGUCAAGCACGAGUGCUCACCCCCCCUGCUUCCUCAUCUCAGUCCUGGAUCAGCCUCACCUCCGUCUCUAUCUUCGCAGGACUCCUCACCUAAUUCGAUACCCUCUCAGUUGGAUUUUCAGUACCAACUAUCCCAUGGUUACCCGGAAUUGCAAACCGCUUCGUCGUAUGCCCAGCCCCCCUUCUCUGACAACGCUUACCACACAUCUGGCCCCAACGACAUCGCGAAUCGAGUUACCGCCUUUUAUCUAGUCGCCACCGGCGCGCAGCCCCUCAUAGUCAACUUUGACUCGUAUGUUCCGCCUGCAGAACUUCCUGGGCCUUCUUGGGAAAUGAAGACCAAAUUAUACAUGACACCUUUCGACGGCAUCUCUGUCGAGCCCCAGGGUUUCACCGGUUCAGUCGUGCUCGCUUCCCCCUUUAGCUCAGGGACAUGCACUACUCAAGUAUUCCGUGGCCAACAACGUAUCCUUCAAGAACACGGGCCAUUGUGCCCCUCGCAGUCGGAUCCCCUAGCGGCAUUUCUACCAGCCGAAAGUCCUCUGGCCAAGUGCCGUAGCUACUUCAAUGAAGCUUCCGGCGCCACCAUAACACUUACGCAACAGGGGGACGGCUAUCCAACGCCUUCAGCCCGACUAGUAGCAUGCAGACCGCACCAAGACAACAAUCGCCGAGACUCCAUCACCAAGUCUGUGAGCCAGUCCCCACGACCGACUUCCACAGCAUAUCACACUACAGCACCAUACUCCACGCUGUAUCAGCCCACAACAGCACCUCUCACAUCAUCUCCCUCGUUCAGCACUACAGCUUCAACAUCAUACCCACUGGCUACUGUUCCGGUGACAAAUUAUCAAUACUCGCCCCCGCUAUCACCUCACAGCACAAUACCAACCAAUUCAGCGUAUACCUAUGGUUCUCCUGCCCUGUCACAUCCUUACCCACAGCCAUCUUCUUUGACUGGCUAUGACGGCAGCAGUUUAUACGGAUCGGUCUCUUCCAGUUCCAUCCAAUCACUUCGACGUUCCUCUUUGUCACAGGGACUCCCUCUACCGAAUUACUAG